GGGGUUGCGGGUCGGGAGAGGGAGCGGGAUGCUGCGCAGGUGGCGGAGGUUGCCGAGUAUGUGGAGCUGGUGAAGCAGGGUCACGUGUCCGACGAGGCUCACGAGGUGGCCAGUCGGCUCAUGGCUCUGGAGCCGGUGGAGGCGCUGGCGACCAUCAGCUACGUGCUGGACGCCCUCGCCACCAACACGGCGCCCGCCACGGCCAACACGGCAGCGGUGGCGUUGUCGGCGCUGGGCGCAUAUGCGCGGGACGGGGCCCGACGCGCCAUGGCAAAGUACUGUCGGGCUCUAGCGGCCCAGCACCAGCCGCACCUGCUCUCGCCACCCCUCCCGCAGCAACCGCCGCACCAACUGCAGCAACUGCAGCAGAAGACGGUAGGGCAGAGAGGCGGCGGGGGGCCAACGGUUUGACUUGGGCCCGUGAGUGGGGGCUCUUAGGCUGCGGCUGCGGUGGCUACUGGGGGCGUUUAUGUCAGCUUUAGGGUGUGUUAAGAAAACUGGCCGCGAGUAGGGUGUGUGUGUGUGUAGUUGAGGAGGGAUAGGGUGAGGAGGCGAUGCGCGGCGGCUCCAUGCGUGCUGAUAGGGGCUGUGGGGGCGCUUGGAGGGUGGGAGUGCAGCAAGUGCGGUACGCAUGGUAUGCGUGUAGGCGAGGGGGAUUGGGGGCUGGAUGCGCGGCUGUGUAGCCGUCCAGGUAGGGAGGUGCGAAUGAGCGGUGUACUGCCCUCGGCAGGUGGGCGGCUGUGCUGUAAUCACGGCGAUUGGCCCGAGCCAUCGAGUCCUCGGUGGCUCGGGCCGCGCUUCGUCCUGGCUGCUAAGUUUUGCGGCGGCGGGCAUGGGUGGCCCGGCUUAUGGGAUC